AUGUCAUCGUCCUCCAACAAGCUCAAUGGCCCCAAUGGUGGCAGCCAUUUCCCUCAGAGACUCAAGAACUUCUUCCGCAUCAAUAGUUCAUCCAAUACCAACCAAAGCGAUGGCACAUCUCCUCCUAAAUCCGAACUCAAGGAACCCAAAGAGUCCAAGUCUGCCUUCCGACAAUCGCGAUUCCUUCCCAACAUCAGUCGAAACCGUUCGACCACUGUUGCCAGUGAGGGCAACCCGCUCGAAGAUGCCGUUUCUCCCACAAUGACCGCGAACCCGUACUUUAUCCACCAGGGCCCACCUGCGAUCCGACAUCACAAUGAGGGUAGCGUGCCUCCCUCACCUCCUGACUCACCUGUUCCAACAUUGAAGGUCGAUCCAGCUGGAGGGGUCGUUGACCAGGCGACGGCAGCGAACAAGGACGAGCUGGCCCGGAAGCUACGGCGCGUAGCUUCGGCACCAAAUGCUCAAGGUCUCUUCGCAGCGACCGCUCCUGUGCCUGGGCCAACUGCGGACCGGCCUAUGACGCCUGAGCUGGGCAAGGCUCCGUUGAUGCAGGACCAAGUCACCUCGUCUUUGGCUCUGGUCGAGUCUGCCACCGAUGAUCCAUUGAUGCCAGUUCCUGAAGGUGGAAAACUCCCGACUCCUGGACAGAUACGCAAUGCGGUUGCGUUCCGCCGCACAUAUAGCUCGAAUUCGAUCAAGGUUCGAAAUGUUGAAGUUGGCCCUUCCAGUUUCGAUAAGAUCAAAUUGAUUGGAAAGGGAGAUGUUGGCAAGGUGUACCUAGUGCGGGAGAAAAAGUCUAGCCGUUUGUAUGCCAUGAAGGUGUUGAGCAAGAAAGAGAUGAUCAAGCGGAAUAAGAUCAAGCGGGCAUUGGCAGAACAGGAAAUUCUCGCAACCAGCAAUCAUCCUUUUAUUGUCACCUUGUAUCACUCGUUCCAGUCCGAUGAGCACUUGUACCUCUGUAUGGAGUACUGUAUGGGCGGAGAGUUCUUCCGAGCACUCCAGACUCGCCCAGGCAAGUGCAUUUCUGAAGAUGAUGCUCGAUUCUAUGCGGCCGAGGUUACUGCCGCUUUGGAAUACCUUCAUCUCAUGGGCUUCAUUUACCGCGAUUUGAAACCGGAAAAUAUCCUUUUGCAUCAGUCUGGACACAUCAUGUUGUCUGACUUUGACCUGUCCAAGCAAUCUGAGCCCGGUGGAAAGCCCACUGUGAUCUUUGGCCGAACCGGCGCUUCAGCAUCAUCUCUACCUGCCAUUGACACCAAAUCGUGCAUUGCCAACUUUCGAACCAACUCAUUUGUUGGCACCGAGGAAUACAUUGCUCCCGAAGUCAUCAAAGGCUGCGGUCAUACGAGUGCCGUAGACUGGUGGACGCUGGGCAUAUUGAUCUAUGAGAUGCUUUACGGGACCACCCCCUUUAAGGGCAAGAAUCGAAACGCUACUUUUGCCAAUAUCUUACGCGACGACGUUCCUUUCCCAGAACACUCUGGGGCACCGCAGACUUCCAAUCUCUGCAAAUCUCUCAUUCGCAAGCUACUCAUCAAAGAUGAAGCACGUCGUCUGGGCUCUCGUGCGGGCGCCUCCGACGUCAAAGUUCACCCUUUCUUCCGUCCGACACAGUGGGCGUUGCUUCGACAUAUGAAACCGCCAAUGAUACCCCACCAAGGUCGCGGCAUCGAUACAAUGAAUUUCCGCAAUAUGAAGGAGAGCGAGAGUGUCGAUAUUAGCGCUUCUCGGAUUAAGGGAGUUCCACUCGACUCUGGAUUAGCCACCCCUGGCAACGAGGGACCCGACCCAUUUGAAGAAUUCAACAGCGUGACGCUCCAUCAUGAUGGUGAUGAUUCACACAUGCAUCACGACGAUCAUAUCGGCCACGCGCGGUAG